AUGGAUCCUCUGAGAAUAGGCAUAAUCGGCUUUGGCCCAUUUGCUCAAUUCUUGGUAAAAAACAUGAUCAAGCAGGGGCACAUCAUAAGCGCAACUUCAAGGUCCGAUUAUACAGAUCUUUGUGCUCAGUUGGGCAUCUCAUUUUUCAGGGACACGAAUAUGCUUCUUGAAUCAGAAAACGAUGUUAUUCUGCUGUGCACAUCGAUAUUGUCUUUGUCGAAAGUGAUGAAAUCUCUGCCAUUGAAUUCUUUGAAGCAGCCUACACUGUUUGUCGAUGUGCUUUCCGUGAAGGAGUAUCCGAGAGAGCUUAUGCUGCAAGUAUUGCCGCUUGAUUCAGAUGUGUUAUGCACGCACCCAAUGUUCGGGCCGGAAAGUGGAAAAGACGGGUGGAAAGAUCUCAGUUUCAUGUAUGAUAAAGUUCGGAUAACAAACGAAGCUACAUGCUCUAGAUUCUUGAACAUUUUCGCAACUGAGGGUUGCAAAAUGCUGGAGAUGACUUGUGAACAGCACGAUAGAUUAGCCUCGAGAAGCCAAUUCCUCACUCACACAAUCGGGAGGGUUUUGGCUGAGAUGGAAAUCGAGCCAACACCUAUAGACACUAAGGGUUUCGAGAAGCUCAUUCAAGUGAAGGAAAGCACAUCCCGAGACAGUUUUGAUCUCUUUAGUGGCUUGUUUAUCCAUAACAGGUUCGCGAAAGAGCAGCUUACGAACCUGGAACUCGCACUUGGGAUGAUUAAGCAACAGCUGGUCAAACGGAUGAAUGAGGAGCUCGGCACCGAGCCAAAAUAA